CCGUGCUGAAAUCUUCGUCAUUUUCAGCUUCGCGUGGGCUCAGACAGACGUAUUUUAGUGCUUUUGAAAGGUGUCAGGCAGGUUUUGAAAUAUGGCUACCAUGAGAGGAUCGGCUAGACUCUUCCAAACCCUCCGCCCAGCCUGCUCACAAGGUCAACGACGUUUAUUGAGUACUGGAACUGGAGCAGGCGCGAAGUCAUGGCGGCCACUGGUGCUCGGUGCAAUGACGGCUGGCGCAGGCGCUUUCGGAGUAUAUAAGUACACUUGGGAGAGUAAAAGGAACGUAAUUGAGGACCUGCAAUCUCUAGCACCAAAACCAGUCCAUGCUGUAAACCUCCCUGAGGCUCAGCCCUCGGUAUGGUCAGGUGGUAAGAACAAUGCCCUCUACCUGUGGAUUCACUUGAAGCCUAAUGCCAAUGUGAAGGAUGUAGCAAAGGUAGCAUGCAAGUUGCAGAAGUUUGUAGACCAAGUGGUUGAUCCCAAGACCAAGGACGAAGAUGACGAGGUUCUGGCUGGUGUUGGGUUCGGACCAAACUUUUACAAACAAAUUGGAGGAAACGUAAAGCAAGACUACAACUUUGCCCACAGGAAAGGAGCAUUAGGAGAUAUGCCUAGCUCAGGUGGUGACGUGUUUUUCCAUGCAAAGUGUAACACACAAAGCAAGCUGUUUGAGCUCGCUCAGCUUCUGAUGAAGAAUAUGCCAGCUGGAAGUGUUGACAAGGCAGAGGACAUCUACAGCUUUGUAUUUAAGAAUGGCCGUGAUUUGUCUGGUUUUAUUGACGGAACAGAAAAUCCGGCUGAUGAUGAAUCUCGCCAGAACGUGGCGGUGGAACCAGGCACAGGAGGAAGUUAUGUGAUAACCCAGAAAUGGAUCCAUGAUUUCAGUGUUAUCAACAAUGAAAAAGACAAGACUAUGGAGGGAUGGGUUGGCAGGACCAGACCAGACAGUAUGGAGCUUAGUAGGAAGUCAAUCACCUCACACGUGGCCAGAAUGACUGGAGGAAAUGCAUACCAGCAAAAGAAAAAGUUUGAGAUGGUCCGACAGUCAAUGCCAUUUGGAACAGUAACAGGCGAGGCGGGUCUCUUUUUCAUUGGCUAUUGUGCAUCUCCUGACAAUUUGAACUUCAUGAUCGAUCGUAUGGUUGGAGCUGGAGGUGAUGGUCAGUCUGAUGACAUCAUGAAACUAACAAGGAAUGUCAAAGGAACCUACUGGUACUUCCCAGGAACAUCAGAACUCACCAAACUUGCAUAAACUGGUGCUGUAACGCACUCAGCUGAUUGUAAUGUGAUUAAGGACAAGGAAAAGUAGGAAAGAUGUUGUAAAAUUUCAUUUUGUAAAUAAGUUUGUCAUGCAGUUAGUUAAUGUAUGACAUUUAUGACUCAAAAGUUCCUGAAUUUCAUUGAUGCAAACAUUUUCAAUUUUCCUUGGAACAAGCUGAUAAAGAUGUCUUUAGUGUUACUGCUUCAAGUCCCCAUAGUGUUGAACAAAAGGUCAUUGUGUUGUUAGAUAUAGGGCAGUGUCUUUAUUCUACAUAAUCAGUGAUAUAUUAGCUCUAGUACUUUCAUGUCAGAUGAUAAUACAUUGUACAAGUUGGUACAGAUUUCUAUCUCAAAAAGAUUUAUAUAUUAAUAUAUAUUUUGUAUAGACAUUAAUAAGGGUCGGGAUUUUUUUUUGUCUGAAAUAUUCAUGACAAAUAUAUUCUAGAAUACAAUAAAGUAUUUUAGGUUGUAA